AUGAGAGGCAAGCUGGAGGUUUUUAUGAGAAGUCUAAACGUAAGAGCCGCCGACGUUGAAAACUUGGUUAAUAUUUCUCACCAGCAAAUAAACAUGGGGCUUGCAGUGUCAGGAGGUGGUUAUAGAUCAAUGCUUACCGGAUCAGGUUUCUUAUUAGGAAUGCAAGAGUAUGGUUUGGUUGACUGCCUCAACUACAUCACUGGAGUUUCAGGCGGUAGCUGGAUCCUUGCGAAAUUGAUAUCAAAUGGGUUUGAUUUCGACUCACUUGGACAAUGGGAAUUGGAAAGGAGCCUGCUUGAAGGCGUGCCAGACCUUGACAUCCCCGACGGAAAUGUCGCUACAAUGCUAGAGACCAACAAUCUCAGUGAAAUAUUCAAGGCUGAUAAGUGGUUUUACGAUAAACUAACUCAAGCGUCAGGGCUUUGGAAAAGAAAUGCAGACCCUCAACCUCUUGAUAUAUUUGAACAAUUUUACUCGGAGCUAGAACAAUAUACACAACUUCAACCGCUGGGCAGACUAGAGAGCCGAAAUCCGAAACCACUUUCAAGAAUCACAAAAGCCGUAGCUCGACUUUUCUCUUCUGGGGGAGGGAAAGAGGAACAGGUAAAUAAACUGUUAAAUGCCUCAAAUGAGUUUCGUCAGGUCGUUCAAACUUAUGUUGCUCUUCACCUCAAGGUCAAAUCCAAGAAAUUUGAGGGGUUUCCUUUAUCAUUCACAGAUUAUUGGGGACACGCUUUAAUAGGUGCCAUCGCGCCGUCAUCCGAAGCAAAGUCAGUGAGUUCUUUGCUAGACCAAAGCCCCGCAUUCCAGAACUUUAAGACGCCUUUGCCGAUCUUUGUUGCCAACUGCAAAAACAAAGACCUUGAAAAUGCAGUAUUUGAAUUCACGCCUUUUGAGUUUGGGUCAUGGAACAGCCUAGGGCUUUUUGUGAAGCUUCGCUUCCUAGGUUCUAAAAUUGUGGCCGGUCAGGCUCUCAAAUGCUUCACAGGGUUUGAUGAAGUGGGAUUUUUAGCCGCCACCUCUUCUUCACUGUUCAACAACGUCCUAGUUUAUGUGUGGCAUCUUGUUGCUCCAUCGAUGGAUAUGCGUAUGGCAGUAAGGGCCAUUUUUAGCGCAUUCAAUCUUCAUGGUAUCAAGGCAGAAAUCGAGGCGUCCAAUGGCGGCAAAGAAUUUAGUCACCCUGAAUAUGCAAUCUAUCAGCCGAACCCAUUUUUCGGGUACCCGGGAAAGAAUAACAUACUAGCUGAGCAGGACCAACUAUACCUUGUCGAUGGCGGUGAAGACGGCGAAAAUAUUCCAAUCGGUCCACUGCUAAUUGAACAAAGAAGAUUAGAUGUUAUUUUUGCACUGGAUUCAAGUUCCGAUAUGGGCAGUUUUCCCAAUGGUUCCAUGCUUCGAAAUUUUUACGAAAAUCAUGAAAUAAAGAGUUCUAGUUCUAGUGGCCCUUUCAAUUUGCUGCCUUAUAUUCCUCCAAGCGGUGAAUUCGUCAACGAGGGCUUACUGUCACGCCCUGUUGCCUUUGGCUGUCACUUAGAAAGCUUCCCAGAACUUUAUGGUAGAAAUCAAGGAAAUCUCAGCGCGGUACCACUGCCUCCUAUAAUAAUCUACCAUGCGAAUUCAGAGCAUUCAUUCCCAUCUAAUAUGUCAACUUUUAAAUUACGAUACACCGCUGAUGAGGUGCAGAAAAUGAUUCAAAAUGGUAAAGACAUCUUUAAUUUUGAUUCCAGCCCAAAGUACAAAAGGUGCUUAGCCUGUAUUAUAUCCAAAAGGUCAUACGACAGAGCCACAAUAGACAGUGAGGAAGCGCCCCUUCCAUUCUUCUGUGAAGUGUGCUUUAGUGAGUACUGCUAUAAUUGA